AUGGUCCUCAAUUUACAGCAAAACCCUCAUUCGGCACCCACGACCGCCCCUGUAAUCGCCUUCACCACCCCGAAGAACUAUGCCAGCAGACUCUCUGACGUCAUACGCCUCAAGGGCUGGACUCCUCUGUGGUGCCCUACACUCUCCGUCGACACCACCCCACACACCACUUCCUCCAUCCAACACUACUUUCUCUCUCUAGACCCCCCUCUCCGUCAUUUCUCCGCCGUUGCAUUCACUUCCAGAACCGGAAUCACCGCCUUCUCAGAAGCUCUGUCCGCCAUCGCCGCUGCACCUCCGUUCGGCCCAGAUGGAGAUCUUUUCACACUUUCAGCUCUGGGGAAAGAUUCUGAGCUUCUCACUGAAUCUUUCGUCGCUAAAUUGUGCGUGAAUCCGGCGAGAGUAAGGGUACUUGUUCCUCCAAUUGCGACGCCGAGUGGGCUGGUGGAAGCUUUGGGAUUGGGAUUGGGGAGAAAGGUUUUGUGCCCUGUCCCUCUCGUGAUAGGAUUGAAAGAGCCGCCGGUGGUGCCGGAGUUUCUGGCGGGUUUAGCCAGGCGGGGUUGGGUCCCCGUCAGAGUAAAUGCUUACGAAACGCGGUGGCGCGGCGGUGGUGUUGCGGGGCUGGUGGCCGGAAUGAUGGAGGAGCAUUGCGGUGUGGAUGCUAUUGUGUUCACGAGCACGGCGGAGGUUGAGGGGCUGCUGAAGAGCUUGGAGGAACUGGGAUUGGAUUGGGGGAUGGUGAGGCGGAUGUGCCCGCGAUUGGUGGCGGCGGCGCACGGCCCUGUGACGGCGGUGGGGGCGGAGCAAUUGGGUGUGGAGAUUGAUGUGGUUAGUUCCAAGUUUCAUAGUUUUUACGGCGUUGUGGAUGCACUCGACUGCUGGUGGAAAUCUUUCCACUGCUCAACUUCACCAUCUUAG